GUGUGUGGUAGGGACGUUGGUGUAUGGCGGUGCUAUCAGUAUCAGUGUGCCACGGCGCAACCGGACAGGCGUUUCGUGAUGGGGGUGGCUGGAUAGAAGCGCCUAACGGUAGCUGAGUCGUAUGAUCCCUUCAUUCGGGUUCGCACGGCUACCGUCGUCUACUCUCGGUUCUCCGUGUUUCGAAGAAUUUAUCGAAACAGUUGUGCCACUGCGCUCGCAUUCGUCUGCGCGAGCUUUACUCAUUUUCGCGCGUGCAACUUUCUUUCUCGAGUUUUUUUAUUCCGUCAUUUUUAGCGUUCCGUUUCCGCGCAUUCCUCAUUCUUACGCGCUUUACGAUGAUGUUCGACUGUUAUUUAAUGUAUUUGUUCUUGAUGAUAAUUGCGAUUCGUUUAUUCGAAAAUUCUCGAGGAAAAUUUAUCUUUAUACGUGUAUAAUUUUUUUUAUUCGAUAUUCGAUGAAAAAUAACAUAAGUGAUUGAAUAGUGUUUGUAGUGAUUCUGCCAAUAUUCUUCUGGAACGAAGUGUAUUACUGAUCACGUGUCAAUUUUCAUAAUUUUACAACGAAUUUUUAAUUAAUAAAUUCUAUGUUUUAAAAAUGUUUAAAAAAAUAUAUAAUUUUAUUUUAUAUAAUAAUUUUGAUUAACGAAACGAAUGUAUUAUGUAAAAUUGGAAAAGGAAAAAGAAUUUGGUGUCUAAUAGUUCAUCAACGAUUCCGGUGGUUUGCUUAGUUCCGUUAGUUUCCCGCGAUUUUCGUAGUUAGUGUCAUGGACGUCUCCCUCGUGCAUUUUUUAAAAGUGUGAACUGUGAGUGAAAAUACAUGAUUAUUAAAAUACGAACACGUGAGAUACAUUUGGAAAUUAAACACUUAACAAACAAAAGCAAUUGUUGCUAGAUUUUAAGUAAUAAAGACUUUGAAUGCAUCGGAUCAAAAGCUUUGAUCAUGUGUCUAUAAAAUACUGUAGUCGCCAAUGAUACAUCGGAAAAAAAAUUCAGUGUGACUAUGUCGCUUCUAUUGAAUAGAAUUCGGUUCUAUGAUAGAUGAUAUUGUGAUAAAUCAGUGAAUAAACGAAGAAUGACAUAAAUCGUGGAUCGAUCGCGAGUGAAUAUCGUAAACGUUACCAAUACGAACCAAUAUUCAAUGUUGUGUGAUUGAAGUGACGUAAUGUACGUUUAACAUAACCUAUAUACCAACAUCUUCAUGAACGUUGUCUUUAAACAAGAUACGUGUAAUCGAUGCUACAAACGUAUAAUAAUCAUCGAAUUGAAAUUUAAUAAAAGAUUCUUAAAUUUCGCGAUAAGUGUCCAAAAUGUUUGAUUCAUUAGGACCGACUGGUUCUUUGAUUAGACGAGACAAUCCUAGCAACUUGAAACCAAUUAAGAGUUUGAAACCACUUUCCUGAGCGAAUCUACUAAUUAAAGCGGGUCAUUUAGUAUUCUACUGGAAAAUCGGUUAAUGUCGCCAUGCUGGAGAGAUCGAAGUAGUUACGUUUAUACGUUUGAGUGGUGUUUGCGUUCGAAUAUACGGCAAUAGAUCGGAGGAACAGCCAGGAAUCGACGAGUCGUUUUUUUCACGACUGACGUUUACUUGGCACAGGAAUAUUCGUCGAAAGAGGGAAUGAAGGGCCAUCCAGACAGCACGUAGGGACUGGCCCUUCUCGUUUUCGGAGAUGUGGCGCUAUCUACAAUACACUAUCUUCGGGCUUACCGUCGUCCUGCUGACGAUUCAUGAGAUAGUCUUCGUGCAAGCUGGCGAACAAGAGAGGGUGGCAUGGUACGAGGGUGCGACACGCGCGAUCGAAGGGCGUAUUCGCGCGUCGGCUGCGACUUGGAGCGCGAGCGGGAGCGCGCCAGCGGGCGGCGUGGCGAGGGGCGUCGUUCUCUUCGUCGGCGACGGAAUGGGGAUGAGCACUCUCACGGCGGCGAGGAUCCUCUCGGGUCAACGUCAUGGAAACACGGGCGAGGAAGCGCAACUCGCGUGGGACAGCUUUCCAGCCGUGGCACUGGCAAGGACUUACAACAUGGAUGCCCAAGUCGGAGAGUCGUCAGCAUGCGCGACGGCAUUACUCUGCGGGGUUAAAGCCAAUUACGAGACUGUUGGCCUGGACUCCUCUGCACGCUUCGAGAACUGCUAUUCCAGUUUUGAUGCCCGUGUACCGUCCCUUAUCAAUUGGGCGCAGGAGCAGGGCAAAUCGACAGGAUUGGUUACGACCACGAGGGUGACGCACGCGACACCGGCGGCCCUUUACGCCCACGCAGCCAGCCGUUACUGGGAGGACGACGGCAAAGUGCCACCUGCUGCACGAACAUCGUGCAAGGACAUAGCGCGUCAGCUGCUCGAGGAUGAGCCCGGCCGUAACAUCAACGUGAUACUCGGCGGAGGUAGACGCCAUUUCGUGCCGAAAGUGAUCCAGGAUCCGGAAGAGCCGGAUAAGGAAGGAAGACGAUUGGACGGAAGGAACCUGAUCGAAGAAUGGUCGAGAAACCAUCGGUUGCGGAACGUGGCCGCGAAAUACGUGGCUAACAAGGAGCAAUUCGAGAGCGUCGAUCCACGGAAAGUGAACCAUCUGUUGGGGUUGUUCUCCUAUUCCCAUAUGGACUUCGACGUUGAUCGAAACACGAACGGAAGCGGUGACCCGUCACUGGCCGAAAUGACGAUAAAGGCGCUUCGUAUACUGGCCAAAAAUCCCGAAGGAUAUUUCCUUUUCGUGGAAGGUGGCAGAAUCGAUCACGCGCAUCACUAUAACAAUGCUUAUCGAGCGUUGGACGAAACAUUGGCUCUGGAGGAAGCUGUGAGGGCGGUGAUGAAGGAAGUGGACUUGUCAGAGACGCUUCUCGUCGUGACGGCGGAUCACUCGCACGUACUCACGCUUGGUGGUUUAGCAACGCAUCGUGGGAAUCCUAUAUUUGGUUCCGACAGCAAGAUGUCCGAUGUUGAUGGACAACCGUAUACAACGUUAUUGUACAGCAACGGCCCCGGAUACACGCAGCCAAGGAAUAUUUUACGAGAGGCUGGCAAGGAUUCCAUUCAGACUGCGGGAGUUCCCCGUGCCUGGGCGACGCACGGGGGCGAGGACGUGCCGGUGUUCGCGAUCGGCCCCCUGGCCAACGUCUUGUUCUCCGGCAGCGUGGACCAGAGCUACAUACCUCAUGCGAUCUCGUACGCCUCCUGCCUGGGCCACCACGCGGCCCGCUGUUCCCGGGACUCGGCAUCGAGCAACGACACAAUCAGCGUCCCGAUAAGCUGUCCCUCGGCGGAGCCGAACAGCGCCGCGAUAUCCAGCGACGUGAUGAACGACCAGGCCAGAAAUCCACCCACCAAAUCCGCCGCGCCCCUCCUCCCCUCGCCGGCCACUGUUCUCCUCCUCCUGCCCCUUGUCCUCCCCGCCCCAAUACCGUCCCUCCAGGGGACGAGUUAAUGCCCGUCAGACCCUCUUCCGGUGAAUAGUUCCAACCUACAUCCCACUCUCUCUCUCUCCUCCUCCUCUCUAAUCCAGUCGAGGACGAGACAACAGGU